AUGAGCCAUCAGCUAAAGAGCCUGGAGAAGGAAGGAGACAGAUCGAGGAGGAGACCCUCAAAGAAGCGGACUCCCAAAACCGAGGGUUCACGGGCCCAGCAUGGAGUCCAGCCCAGCCAGAAGGAGAGGGCUGGGGGCAGCCCCAGGCCUGGGUCUUCCCGGAGGAAGCCCUCGGAGCGCCCAGAGCGCAGGAGCCGGCCAGAGGGGCUACGCCGACUAGAGCGGAUCUCAGUGCGGGAAAGGACCUGCGAGGGAAGGAGGAAGAGAGAUGGGAGGAUCCUUCAGGAGCAGAGAACACGCUCGAGGAAGGAAAAGGAGGUUCUAGGGAAGGGGCUGAAGAAACCCAGGUCAUCUUCCUUAGUCUCCAGUACUUCUAGCGAUGAGUCCCUAUCUGAGGAAGAAUUGGCCCGGAUCCUGGAGCAGGUGGAAGAAAAAAAGAAGCUCAUCGCCACCAUGCGGAACAAGCCCUGGCCCAUGGCAAAGAAGCUGAUGGAACUUAGGGAGGCCCAAGCUUUCGUGGAGAACUAUGAAGGAGCCUUGGGAAAGGGGAAGGGCAAGAGGCUCUAUGCCUGCAGAAUGCAGAUGGCGAAGAAAUGGGUCAAGUUUAAGAGAGACUUUGGUAAUUUCAAGACUCAAUGUAUCCCCUGGGAAAUGAAGAUCAAAGACAUUGAAAGUCACUUUGGCUCUUCUGUGGCGUCCUAUUUCAUCUUCCUCCGGUGGAUGUACGGAGUCAACCUUGUCCUUUUUGGUUUAAUAUUUGGUUUAGUGAUAAUUCCAGAGGUGCUGAUGGGUGUGCCCUAUGGAAGCAUCCCCAGGAAGACUGUGCCUCGGGCUGAGGAAGCAAAGGCCAUGGACUUCUCUGUCCUUUGGGAUUUUGAGGGCUACAUCAAGUAUUCUGCCCUCUUUUAUGGCUACUACAACAACCAGAGGACUAUUGGGUGGCUAAGGUACAGGCUGCCCAUGGCUUAUUUUAUGGUGGGGGUCAGCGUGUUCGGCUACAGCCUGAUGAUUGUCAUUAGAUCGAUGGCCAGCAAUACCCAGGGGAGCACAGGCGAGGGAGAGAAUGAUAACUUCACCUUCAGCUUCAAGAUGUUCACCAGCUGGGACUACCUGAUUGGGAAUUCAGAGACAGCAGACAACAAAUAUGCCUCCAUUACUACCAGCUUCAAGGAAUCAAUAGUGGAUGAACAAGAGAGUAACAAAGAAGAAAAUGUCCAUCUGACAAGAUUUCUUCGUGUCCUGGCCAACUUUCUCAUCAUCUGCUGCUUGUGUGGGAGUGGAUACCUUAUUUACUUUGUAGUGAAGCGAUCCCAGGAAUUCUCCAAAAUGCAGAAUGUCAGCUGGUACGAAAGGAAUGAGGUGGAGAUUGUGAUGUCUCUACUUGGGAUGUUUUGCCCUCCUCUGUUCGAAACCAUUGCUGCCCUAGAGAAUUACCACCCACGCAUUGGGCUGAAGUGGCAGCUGGGGCGCAUCUUCGCCCUCUUCCUGGGAAACCUAUACACGUUUCUCUUGGCCCUGAUGGAUGAUGUCCACCUCAAGCUUUCUAAUGAAGAAACAAUAAAGAACAUCACUCAAUGGACCCUGUUUAACUAUUACAAUUCUUCAGGUUGGAAUGACAGUGUCCCCCGGCCACCCUUGCACCCUGCAGAUGUGCCCCGGGGUUCUUGCUGGGAGACAGCCGUGGGCAUUGAAUUCAUGAGGCUGACAGUGUCGGACAUGCUGGUAACCUACAUCACCAUCUUGGUGGGGGAUUUCCUGCGGGCUUGUUUCGUUCGGUUCAUGAAUCACUGCUGGUGCUGGGACCUGGAGGCUGGUUUUCCUUCAUAUGCUGAAUUUGAUAUUAGUGGAAAUGUGCUGGGUUUGAUCUUCAAUCAAGGAAUGAUCUGGAUGGGCUCCUUCUAUGCUCCAGGAUUGCUGGGCAUUAAUGUCCUACGCCUGCUGACCUCCAUGUACUUCCAGUGCUGGGCAGUGAUGAGCAGCAACGUGCCCCAUGAACGCGUGUUCAAAGCCUCCCGGUCUAACAACUUCUACAUGGGCCUGCUGCUGCUAGUGCUCUUCCUCAGCCUCCUGCCGGUGGCCUACACCAUCAUGUCCCUCCCACCUUCCUUUGACUGCGGUCCAUUCAGUGGGAAAAACAGAAUGUACGACGUCCUCCAGGAGACCAUUGAAAAUGAUUUCCCAACCUUCCUAGGCAAGAUCUUUGCUUUCCUCGCCAAUCCAGGCCUGAUCAUCCCAGCCAUCCUGCUGAUGUUCCUGGCCAUCUACUACCUGAACUCAGUUUCAAAAAGCCUUUCCCGAGCUAAUACCCAGCUGAGGAAGAAAAUCCAAGCACUUCGUGAAAUUGAGAAGAGCCACAAAUCUGUCAAACGUAAAGCCAGCAAUUCAGAGGACAUACCAAAACACAGUCCCCAAAAUGACACCCAGCUGCAACUCACCAAAGAAGAGCCCACACUGCCCUCUGCCAGCCAAAGCCAAACCCCGGACAAGAAGACAGGUAGUACUGCAACCUCCAGUUCUGCCAGGAAGAUCCCACAGCCAACCUCCAGACAUUUCCCUGGACCUCAGCCUCUGGGGGUCAAACCAGAGGCUGGACAAUCCCAGUCUCAAACCCACCCCUUCAGGUCAGCCACUGGAAAGAGUGUUCGGAGGACUCCUCGCUGACAACUGGGACUGACAGAGUCCAGGUCCUGAGACUGA